CACGAGGAGACUUGACGGAAGUUUCCUCCCUCGCAGGGACAUUUUGCGACCAGUCGUCCCACUGUCCUCCCCGGGGACACCUCGGCCAUGACAGCGAUGUGUCCCAACUCCAGAAUAACGUUGACUCAAGUCGGCAGGGCGGAAGCAGCGGACUUUUAAGCAACCAUGUGCGAUUCUGUGGCGUUAUGGAGACACAACGCGUUGAAAAGCUGUGUAGAAACCCCCGUAUACUUUCGCUCUGUGGGAAGAUCAUCUUAUUUGAUCACAAGCGAGCUUCAGGCAAAAGCAACAGUGGGAAAAGUGAGUUAAUAUCCCGCUGCCUGUCAUAUGACCGGGGGAGCAACACGUUCCUGAACGAUGGAGCAGCUGUCAUCACCAGGAAAACAUCCCCCCAAGUGGACAUCGUAGCCUGUGAAUGUGUCUUAGACCUCCAGAGGAGAGCAACCACACCUUGUGUAGUAGUGUGCCAGAGGGGUCAGAGAGGAGAUGGCUUCCUGUAUAGUCUGCUAACACUGGGUGACUCACACAGACUGGAGUCGUGCUUUGAGUUUAAGCUUCCUUAUCAAAUCAAGGGGGCUGCGUCCAUCCUCCAGGGCCCCACAGUGUUGUGGAGCCACGCUGGUCAUGUCUUCUAUACGUCUCCGCAGGCAGGAGAGGUGAGGCAGAUUCCCCUGCAGUUGUCCCACAGUGUCUUUGGGGAACUCCCCCUCCUCAGAGGUCAGGUGUUUGUUCUCGGGCUGCAAAAUGAGUGCGAUCAGCCCUCAGGCCCAACCCUGGGUUAUUUCCCUCAGACUGGACAAUCUUUCGAUGGCUCUCUGAUUUUACCUCACCCCUAUAUUGGCAUCACACGCUGCAUCUUGGUGCUCUCGGCCGAGAACGUGGACGGGGCCCUGAAGUCCGCUGUGGUUGCAGUAACUUCUCACCAGCAGCUAGUUUAUUUCCAGAGUGGGGUUGUAAAGGACACGUGUCCGCUCCCCUUCCAGCAGCCAGAAGACAUUCAGUUGGUCAACUGUGGAAGGAAUGGCUGCCUGUUUGUCGUAUCCUUUCACCAGGGCCAUGUUUGUGCUAUAUGGAAGGAAACACUUCAGAUAGCCUCCCAGUGGUCAGGUGUCAGCUCCGUCCAUGUGGAUGACUUCUUGGGAUGUGGAACAGACCAGAUCCUCUUGGUUUUUAAGGAUGAGAGUGUAACAGGGCAGCCGCUAGAAAAUUUCCUCAUCACGGACCUCUGUGGUAUUUCAUAUUCUCACGGACAGGAUGCUGAUGGUCCAAAGCAAUCGUCUCCUCCAGCAGAGAACAACCUUCUUACUCUUCAAGCCUUGGAGUCCAGACUACAGAGUGGACUGACCGUGCUUCAGGAGCUUCAAGGAGAAGUGAGAGUGAAGGACAGAGUUGUACAUCAGGCAGUUCAAGCCCUGGCUGAUGCAGUGUCAGGAAGAGAAGCGGUUUUCACACAACCGGAGCAGGAAGGUCUCGUCGCUCUGUGGGACUCGGAUGAUGAGUCAAAGGAUGAGGCCUCGGAUGACAAGAUGCAGGACAUGCCGACAGUGUCUCCUGAACCUCACGUUGACAAGCUGUGGCAUCGGGUUGCAGAGGACCGAAUAGUUGUGGGGGUGAUACUGACGAUGGACAGCGCAUUACCAGUGGCCAGUGUGAGCUUAUCCAUCCUGACAGAGACGGGCCAGGGCUCAACGCCUGCAGUCAUCCAGACCCAGAGCCAAGUGUUAUGGCUCCCCACACCUAGCCCAUCACCCUCCUCCUCUGCCUCCACGCCACCGGAGCCCGCAGCCAAAAGAAGCAAGCAGCACAACGCCAGCACACCCAAUGAUCUCAACACAUGCAGAAUGGCUGUGACUGCUGUGACCAGGCUGAUUCCUCUGUUGAACUCUGGCUGUGUCAAGUGCCAUGUCAUGCUCCAUUACGUCCGGAGACGAGAUGCUUCCUCUUUCCUGAGCAGCCCAACUCCGCUUGUCCUGCACUGCGGUCAAGUUUCUCUAGAAAUCCAUGGUGAUUUUCAAACCCCACUGCUCAAAAACCCCAAACUCAAAACAGAUGAGGUUAAAGAGGACUUGCUGAGUUUGUUGACUCUGCUGGAUCGCUGGGUCUUCCACAUAGACUCUCCCGAUCACAGCUUGGGUGAUAUAGACGGUUGGAUUCAGAGAAGAGUGGGUUGUGAGAGGAUAGAAGUGAGCCCGCAGUAUCUACUGAUCAAUUCUUCGGGACCAUCUGCUCCCAUGCUGCUGCGCUGGAGCCAGAUAACCCCUUUUCAGGGGGAACUCUCUGUCCACUCCAGCGAGUUACAGGUGCUUCAGUUCCUGGACUCUCUCCUGGCUUUCCUCCUUGCUUCCUGCUCCGUCCGGCCUGUCCACGGCACGAGAGGGCAGGGUGCUGCUCAAACAUUUUCUUUGGCGUUGGAGAAAGAGGUGGUGUCGCUCAGAGAUUCUGUGUCGUUGCUUCUGCACGAGAAAGAGGAGGAGGAGGAUGAUAAGAGGAAGAGGAGCAGUGGACACGAUGAGACCCCUCUUGAGCCCGGUUCUGUGGAGGGGUUGCAGAGGUGUAGGGAGGCAUGGCAGCAGGACGUGGAGCGGAGUAGGACGAGGUUGAGCCCCCUGGUGGAUGUGGGGCGGUAUCGUAAGCUGACCCGAAGCGUUCUCAACGUCCAGCUGGACGGGGAUUUGGCCGCUCUCUUAGAAAUACAGAGGACGUUCUUCCACUAAUGUUCUGCUGACAUAGUCACUGUUGACAAUCCCAUUGUUAAUUUUCUGUACCCAUGGAGCGCUUAGUCUUUAUGUUGGAAAAAAGCCAAUAAUAGUGUAAUAUCUAAUAGUACGUAAUGCUUCUCUACGAACGUCCUGCCCCUCUUGCUGUCCUGGUUUCUCUCUGAGCUGAACUGUACGUGUGUGUGUGUGUCUGUGUGUGUC